AUGAAUCGCGGACUUCUGCAUCAAACAAGCCAGACUCAGAAGACACAGCAACUGUUUCAUCAUUCGAAACUACAAAAGAAGAAGCAAAAGCAGCAGAUCACGGAAGAUAAGGAAAUGCUCAGAUGUGAGCAAUUAGAAACAGCUGCAGCAAUAAUUAAGCAGGAAGCAUCUGCAAGUUCUGACUGUAUGUCAAAAAUUUUAACACCACUAGCAUCAAAAAGUAAAAAUAUCAAUAGACGAAUGAACAGCAGAUGACAUAAUGAGUUAAAACAACAAGCUUAGCCCAUUGAAAGGACAUAAUAAAUUUAAAAAAAUAUACUAACCCAG